AUGAGCGAUUCAAUGGCCCGUGAAGAUCUUACCAAGAGGAAGCUUCCUUCUAUGACUCUUGCGAGAGGUAUAGAGUCUCUACCUUCAGCAGCCCAAGCACGUACAGCUUCAACUUUAGAUGAUUCUUCGACAAGAUUUAAAGUCCCUGGCGUUGCAGUUGUUACUGGGGGUUUGGGGACCAUUGCAUUGACUGUUGUUCGAUCACUGUUGCAGCAUGGCCUGACCGGGCUGAUGCUGCUUGACCUUGACGUUACUUCGGAGUCUGCAAUAAGCAAGGUUGAUGAGCUGAAGAGGGAGUUUCCGGAAAUGACAAUUGAGGCUGCGCCUGUGGAUGUAACCGAUGAAGACGCUGUGGCAAAGGCCAUGGCUUCAACAGUUGAGAAACUUGGCGGCAUCAACUACCUCCUCUGCUUCGCAGGCAUAGUCAACUGCACUCAUGCCCUCGACCUAUCACCCAAAGUCUUCAGAAAGCUCCUCGAUGUCAACACAACUGGAAGCUUCAUCUGCGCCCAAGCUGCAGCAAGAGAAAUGGUCAAGGCAAACACCGGCGGCCGCAUCGUCUUCAUCGCUAGCAUUUCAGCACAUCGCGUUAACUAUCCGCAACCACAAGUUGCUUAUAAUACAUCCAAGGGAGCUCUUUUGAUGCUGAAAAGUAGCCUCGCGGCAGAGUGGGCGCGGUAUGGAAUUACUGUGAAUAGCAUUAGUCCGGGAUACAUGGAUACUAUUCUCAACGAGGGAGAGGGAUUAGCAGAUGCAAGGAGGUCAUGGGCCGAGAGAAACCCGAGUGGGAGAAUGGGAAUGCCUGAAGAACUGAGUGGAGUGGUUGUGCUAUUAUGCUCCAAGGCUGGUAGCUAUAUCAACGGGUCUGACAUGGUCGUCGAUGGUGGAGGAAUACCAACUACCAAAAGCAGACACAAGAAUAUCAACGCCAAUUCCGAGGCGGAGCCAUCACGUAAACGCGAUAACUCCACGCCUGCUUAUAUGCCAAGUCCGACUCCGCCAGGGAUCGGCUAUGGAAUUUUAUUCAUUGGGCUGAUUGCUUCUUUCGUUUACGAGAGGAUCAAUCUGAUUCAGACAUUCUAUCAGAAUGCUCCCACGCGUGUCACCAAGGUGAACAACAUCGGGAAAUAUGAAGUCAAGUUUGAAGAUCAGAUAAGGAGCUGCGAAGAUGUCUUGCUAAUUGAGGAAUACCACCUCGCAAUUCUUGCCUGUGAUCCAGGAAGAGAGCGUCACAACACUGUCAUGGGAAUCUUUGAAGGAAAUGUUUCCAUUAAUGCUGAGCUUUGGGCAUACGACUACACAAACACCAAUAGUCCUGACUCUGAAUCCCUCAAGAGGAUCAAACUGGCUGGAUUCCCUCAUUCUUCCGAUUUUCACUCCCUGGGCAUGGCGUUUGAUCUUGAGACGUCUAAUCUCUUCGUCGUUAGCCACGCCGUGGUAGGCUCACGCAUUGAGCUAUUCAAUCUCGACAUCGGAUCAUUGACGGCCAGUUAUAUCCGGACGAUUCAGCAUCCACUCAUCAACGCACCAAAUUCAAUCGCUUCGAUCAACGGCCAUGAAUUCUACGUGACCAAUGAUCACUACAUCACCAAGAAGCAGUCAUUCCUGUUGAGUAACUUGGAGACGUACCUUGGCCCACCGACAGGCUCAGUUGUACAUGUCACUCUCAAAGAUACAGAGAUCGAUGUCAAGGUUGUCGCGUGGGUUCCUUUCGCCAACGGUAUCGAGAUUCUCAACAGUUCAACCGUUGCAGUGGCGUCAUCCUCACGAGCAGCCAUUUAUAUGUUUAAUACCCCAGACGCCACAACCUUCAAAGAAACCUCCAGGAUCAAACUUCCUUUCCUACCAGACAACCUCUCCGGAUCUGGCGGUAAGCUCAUGAUCGCAGGACAUGGACACAUGCCUGUUCUGACGAAGUUCACUCAUUCGCGUCGUUUUUGCAACGACCCUGUUGAGUAUGAACGCGCGAACCCUACUGUGAAGGAAUCUUGUGUCAAAGAACAGGCUGUUUCUUGGGUUUCUGAAUGGAGUGAGAGCGAAGGAUUGAAGCACCUUUAUGUUGAUACUGAGUACCCGUCGAGCUCGACUGUUGUCAAGGAUGCUGGAAAGGGCGUUGGAAUUAUCAGUGGUCUCUACGCCAAAGGUAUUUUGAUUUGGAGAGAUGAGAAAUAACAGCAUACUAGCUUUGUGGUCAUCCCGGAGUAUUGGAGAGAAAGGUUUCAGGGGUGAGGGAUUGUAUCUGAACCAGUGGAUGCAAAUGCAUCCCAGCAUGGUAAUGCUUCACGUUGGCUGUGGUCAUUCAGUAUGCAUCUGAUUGAGAGUAUAUGGAAGGGCGUCCUCAGAUUUCGCAGGCAUUCGCAAUUGGGAACGAGACUGAACAACGGAAUUUCGGCUAGAACGCUUCGUAACAUCUUCCGUCAUUUCACUAUCUCAAACACCGUCAAGGAACAGUAUUGGAUAAAACAUUCACAGGAGUUCUGAAUAAGGCACUUAGGUAGUGAAUCUGUGAUCUCAUCAUA